AUGGGGCCUACAAAGCGCCACACCACGCGUCUCCAUCCCCAAAUCAAAGCCACUGAGGAUGGUGUUGGAGUGGUCAACCACCGUCGUAGCAGUAAGCGCCGCAGCAUCCGGAUCCAGGCGAGUGAGGGGAGCGACCAAGUGACUGACGCGAGCGAGAAGGGAGACGGCAUGUCCCGCCGCCACCGCGGUAUCUCGUCAGAGCCGCCUGCCUCCGUGAUUGAAGAUGAAAAUUUCCUUCGGGAGAUCCUGCUCCACCUCCCCCCGGACCUACACUCACUCUCCUGCGCAUCCGCCGUCUGCAUGCGGUGGCAAGACAUUGUCGUCAAUCACAAGUUUGUCCGGGGGUUCUAUGCACUCCACCGCAAGCUGCCCCUCCUCGGCUUCUUCCCCCGUGACGAACGUAUCAUGUUCGCCCCCGUCCAGGUCCCCACUCCCAACCGCAUCCUCCCUGGGAGUUUCUCCUUAAACGACACUACAAGAACUCCUAGGUUAGCAAGGCGCUGGAUUCCCUCCACGGCGGCGUCCUCCUCACCCACUGGGUCAUCGUUAACGGUUGGAAGCUAUAAGCAUCCAUACGCCUGCGAUUAUUCCUCCGAGACUGACACAUGGGGCAAUAUCAUCUCAACAGAGGCUCCAGAUGAUACUCCUUUUGGUGUUUGUCCUAGGACCCUUAUAGGUAAUGCCCUUUACUGGUCGGCUAAACAUAAGGGAGACUCCAUUCCUCAGUUUGAUUUGGGCAUGCAGAACCUAGCCAUUAUCAAGGGGCCUCCUGGCAUGAACAUGGAUGAUUUCGACAACUUUCAUAUCAUUCAUGCAAAGGAUGGCGUUGUUGGUCUUGUUGCAUUGUCUCACCUUGAGCAUCAAAUGUGGGAGAGGAAGGUUGAUUCUCAAGGUGGACCAACGGCAGCACCAGCGGGAGGCAGGAGACGAGGCGGACCAACUGCGGCACCGGAGACAAGGCGGACCAACGGCGGCACCGGUGGGAGGCAGGAUAACCCUAGACUUUUCUUGGGGAGGAGGCAUGUGGACUUUAAUCUAUUGAGUCAAAGGUGGAGAUUGUUUAAUGCCUCGACUACUCCAUCGGCCUCACCUUAUAAAGGGACCAGAUCUAGGGUUAUAGAAUUGCCUAACUGA